AUGUCUUUAUCAUCAUAUUACUUAUUUAUUUUAAUGGAAGAUUCGGAAAGUAAUGCUUCCUAUUCUUCUUCCUUUUGUGAAGAAAACGGAGCUUUACAGGAUGAAUUUUUCGAACUUUUACUAUUAAAUGAACUUAUUGAUACAGGAUUACUUGAUAAUUCUGAAUCAGAGUAUGAAUGAAAUGAUAGUGAUAUAGAAAAUGUUGAUACAGAUGACAAAAUAUUGGAGUUUUUAAGUCGUUUAGAUGGAAAAAUACUAGAUGAAAUAGAUCCUAUUCAGGAAACCUUCAAAUAUAGGAAGACUGAGGUGAUCAUUGAUGAUAAGAAGACAAUCGAUAAGAAACUCCUGGACACCAGAAAAAUAAAAAUUAGAUCAGAUUCAAAUUUUAUCAGAAAAAUAAAAUUGAUAUCAGAAUCAAGCAUUAUCAGGAAAAUAAAAUUUAGAUCAGAUUCAAAUUUCAUCAGAAAUAGAAAAUUCAUAUCAGACUCAGAAAUCGAAAAAAUCGCGGAUUACGUGGGUUCAGAAAAUUUUACUAAAAUUUUAUCCAAAGAUUUUAGGAAAAGAAGAAAGUUUAAAAAAUUUUUAAUCGGGACAUGGCCCUGAAAUAAAGGCCUUUAA